AUGGCUGACCAACUGUCCCCAGAAAAUGCUCAGUAUGUUCUCGCAAUCUUCGAAGUGUUUCUCUAUGGUAUUUACCCCUCUUUUCACCGAAAUGCUAUCGCUUACGACAGAUACAGGUUUCUCCUGCUAGGAUUCAUGAUCACGUUGUGGACUCUGGUCCGAGGGAAAUCGUGGUCUAGGGUCAACAAGCUGGUGCUCCUCUUUGCCGUGUGUCUUUUGGCAUUCCAGACCAUGUAUACCGUCGUCGGCAUCCGACGCAGGUACCAGGGUUUUGUUUUACUUUCGGGCUCCUCGUAUCCUGGCGGUCCCAGCGCAUUCUUCGAAAAUGUCACCACAACGGCCAUCUUGCUGAGGAACAUUUCCUGGGAUCUUCAAAUAUGGCGUGCCUAUGUGGUUUGGCAAACGCCCUGGAUCGUCAUUCCUCCAAUUGUAAUUUGGGUUGGAUUUAUAGUCGCCGCCGUUGGGGAGCUUCUGUCCAUGAAAAACACUGUGCCAUCUAUCGAGGGCCUUUUUGCGCCAAGUGUACAAGCAUGGUCCACGGCAGCACUAGCAUUAACCAUGUCCUGCAAUCUUUUGUCGACUUUCCUCCUGGCCUAUCGUCUCUGGACACUGGAAAAAGAGUCGUCGGGGGGAUCACGCCAUAAUGUGUCCAUGAUGAAGCCAAUCCUGGUCGUCGUGGUAGACACAGGGUUGCUUUACAGUGUCUGGGUUUUCGUUGCUUUCAUCACCGAUGUAUUGGGGUCCAGGUUUGAAUAUGUGUUUGACAACUCCCUCCCUUCAAUUAUUUCCAUUGUGUUCUUCACAGUUCUGCUUCGUAUUGCAUGGAUGCAAAAUAUGCGAACAAAACAGGGCCUUGCUGACUCGCGGUACGGAGCAGGAAUGGCCACUCUGUCUACGUUCGCUCCCAGAGAGAGACGGUCAGUCGAGACGCGUCCUCCGCCAGUUCAAGUUGGGUUUGGCCAUCUCAAAGACCGUUCUGGUACCGAACAUUCCACCAGCGAUACGCAGAAAGACGACGCGGAGAUAUUCCAAGACGUCUAG